UCAUCAGGGUUUGUUUCUGUUGAAGGAAACAUCUUCAUCUGAAUUACAGCCAGAAGCCAACUAAGAAACCCAGCAGCUGCUGGAACAGGAACCAACUUCAAUGCAGUAAAAUGUCUGUUUCUUGUUUCUAUUCUCUCAUCUUUUACUUCAGAAUAGCUUUGCUAAAUCUGAGAGGAAACCAAAGUUCAGAGGACUGACAGUGUGAAGCCACACAGUUUAUUUAUUCUCUGACCUCAGAUCAGUGGUUGAAGCAGAAAGCAGGAGAUGUUUCACAGAGAAGGUUUCCUGAGAGCAGAGAGGAAACCAGAACACUGAGGAGGAGGAGCUGAACUGAUCUCAGAUCACCAAGCAGCAGGAUGGAGGAAAGAUCUCUACUGUGGCUGAUCUCUCUGAUCUCUCUGCUGAGCUGCUCAACAAACCAAGCUGGUCUGACUGUGAGUCCCAGCAGAUCUCAGUUCUUUAAAGGAGACUCUGUGUCUCUGAGCUGUGAGGAGGACAACAUCUCUGCUGGAUGGACUGUGAGGAGAAAUACAACCAAACGUCAGUCUGAGUGUAAAGAUGGGUGGGGAGAACCAGCUGGUUCUUCCUGUACCAUCAGCAGCCUCUACAAACAUGAUACUGGAGUGUACUGGUGUGAGUCCAGAGAGGGAGCAGCCAGCAGCAGCAUCCAGCUCACUGUCUCUGGUGGAUCAGUGAUCCUGCAGAGUCCUGUCCUCCCUGUGAUGGAGGGAGAUGACGUCACUCUGAGCUGUCAAACAAAGACUUCCUCCAACCUCCCAGCUAAUUUCAUUAAAGAUGGCUCCCUCAUCAGGACUGAGCCUGCAGGUCACAUGACCCUCCACCAUGUGACCAGCUCUGAUGAAGGCCUCUACAAGUGUAACAUCAGGGGUCAUGGAGAGUCUCCAUCCAGCUGGAUCUCUGUCUCAGAAAAACCUACAACCACAGCUCCCCCCACCUCUGUGACCCCAGCUCCUUCCUUUACCUCCCUCCAGGUCAGGCUGGUCUGCCACCUGGUGGUGUUCUGUCCGUACUGCAUCUCCACUCUCAUCAUGGUGUCCUUACAUAAACACAGAACCACAGGAAAUGACCUGUCUGUCUCUAUGGUGAUGACUUCACCCACUUUAGCUGUUCAUGGAUUGGAUGAUGAUUACGAUGAUGUCACCACAGAGCAUCUCUUCUGAAGUAAACUGAUUAUUUUCCUCUUUUCUGCCUGAUGUCUUAACAGUAUUGAUAAACCUCUGCUGUAAAACUGUUCUGUAACCAUAACCAGAAUAAAACGAAGAUUUGUUUCAAAUUCC